GCUCGGCGGUCGGCCUGUAUGUAGGCGCUUCCUGCAGGCCGAACAUGCGCUGUGGCUUCGGCGGCAGGUUGUUCGGUGCAUUGUGUCCCCUGCGCUCGACGGUGGACAGUUCCAGCGGCGCUGCCUUGCGUGCACUCAAGGGUAUCGUGUUCACAUUUGCGGUGUUCGCAGACACAGCAGCACCGCCCAUGCGCGAUCGUGAGGGACCUCCAUCAGAUACACCGCCGUCCGUAGCGACUCGGAACGUUGUUAUCGUUGCGCCCGUCGGCGGUCCACCCGCCGGCAUGAAGUCGACCAUCGUCGGGUCGAAUGCAACUUGCACUCGUGCCGGGAGUUCUAGAUUUUGACUUCGUAACGGCCUCUGCAAUGGUCCAAAAGGCGCAGCGACCGUUCCGAGGGAAUUUCUGGGGUGGUGCGCGGGCUAUCGUAGGGAAAUAUCUGCAGGCAUGGGACCUGCGUAUACGGCAGGCGACUGCCUGUGCCCGGAUAUGUUUUCUCGCAAUUGCGGUCUGGCGGAAAAGAGAGUAUGCGCACUCUCCAGCAGUCGUGUGCGCCGUAGAGCUCGACGGGUCGGCGUGGCAGUGGUUCCGGGUGGUCGCUGGGUUGUGGGUGGUGCGAAGAGGAGGGCAGCGAGCAGCGAGCAGCGACAAGGAAGGAAGCCGGGGCGAGAGCGUGAGGUGCGGUGCACUAGCGCUCUUCGACCCAGCGAACAUGCGGAGACGCAUCCAGCGCAAAUUUAAACAUGUGCAUCACUCGCAAGGCGGCUCGGUACUAAAUACAGAAAAGCGUCCAUUGCGCUCACGCAACAUGGAAUGCUUGCAUGGCUGCAUCGAACGAUGGAGGUCGUCACUGCCAAUGCGCUGAGUUGUAGUUGCCGAAUGCGGCGAGGCCGCACUACGAAGUACUGUCAUCUCACGACUCGCCACGCUGCUACGAGCAUUAUUCAGUAUGCCAACACCACCCAUCAGCGGCAGUGUGCAAAGAACAGAUCAUGGAUCGUACUCCAGACUUCGGUGACACACAAAGCCGUC